AUGGCAUCCGUGUCUUCUUCUCUUUCGUUUUUCUCAAAAUUAGUCUCAGAGGUGUUCAUCCAUUGUUUGGAAGACGACAUCCAUGAAAAUUUCGUUUCUCAUCUGAGGUCUGCCCUUUUACAAGCUGGAGUAGAACCUUCUCUCGUUGCCGUGGGAAAGCUGUCAAAAAAGUUUAUGCCAUCAGUUACAAGGUUUCAGAUUGGAAUAAUUGUUUUUACCAAAGCAUACAUUCAAUCUUGUCGGUGUGUUCAAGACCUUGCGAGAAUCAUUGAAUGUCAUGAAACUCACGGCCUAAUGGUUAUUCCUGUGUUUUACGAUAUUGACCCAUCCUAUGAUCAGAAGGCUGAUGUUGAUCCAUCCCAUGUACCUGAUCAGAAGCGUGAUAUUGAUCCAUCCCAUGUAGACGAUCAGAAGCGUGAUGUUGAUCCAUUCCAUAUCAGUAGUGUUUCGACAAAUCCGUUUAGAGAACUGGAAGAGGCCGAGACGAAGACUGGAAGGAAUGAUGCUGAACUAGUGGAGGAAAUUGUUAAGUCUGUUCUCGCUAAACUAGACCGCGCCUUGCCUGUAACUAAAUUUCCUGUUGAAUUAGAAAUCCACGUGAAAAAUGUGAUUGGAUUGUUUGAAAAUCAACCCAACAAAGUCUGUAUGAUAGGGAUAUGGGGAAUGGGAGGAUCUGGUAAAACUACCUUAGCGAAAGCAAUCUACAAUAAAAUUCCUUUUACAUUUGGUGAUAAAAGUUUCAUUCAAGAUAUUAGAAAAGUUUGUCAAACAGAUGGCAUAAGAGGCCUUGUUCAAUUACAAGAGCAACUUCUGUCCGAUGUCCUUAAAUAUGUGAAAAUAGAGAGUGGUGAUAUGGAAAAAACUACUAUCGAGAACCGUCUUUCUAGAAAAAAGUUGUUCAUUGUGCUUGACGAUGUGAAUGAGAUAGACCAACUAAAACACCUAUGUGGAAACGGUAAAUGGUUUGGUGCGGGAAGUGUAAUAAUCAUUACAACUAGACAUUUAGACCUGCUUUAUCAACAUAAAGUUGAUUAUGUUUAUGAGAUGGAUGAACUGGACGAAAAUGACUCGGUUGAGCUUUUUAGUUGGCAUGCUUUUAGGAAAGCAAAACCAAGAGAAGACUUCAAUGAACUUGCAAGAUCAGCGGUUGAUUAUUGUGGUGGACUACCACUGGCUCUUGAAGUCCUUGGUUCUUAUUUAAGUAAGAGGUCAGAGAAUGAAUGGAGAAGUGUAUUGUCAAAACUAGAAAUAAUUCCCAAUACUCAAAUUCAGAACAUCCUAAGAGUAAGCUUUGACGGCUUAUGUAGUGAAAUGGAAAAGGAUAUAUUUCUUGAUGUAUGCUGUUUCUUUAUUGGUAAAGAGAGAGACUAUGUCACGGAGAUACUAAAUGGCUGUGGACUACGUGCUGAUAUUGGAAUAAAAGUUCUUAUAGAACGUGGUCUUGUAAAAAUUGAAAAGAACAAUAAACUUGGAAUGCAUCAUUUGCUUCGGGACAUGGGACGAGAGAUCGUGCGUCAAACUUCAACAAUGCAACCUGGGAAACGCAGUAGAUUGUGGUUUCUCAAGGAUGUACGUCACGUAUUGACCAAGAAUACUGGGACAGAAGCUAUUCUGGGAUUGUCUUUGAACACUGACUGGAGAUUAUAGGUGUCUUUCUAAGCAACUGAGAUGUAUCUCCUGGAAAGGAUUUUCUUUAGAGCACAUACCUAACGACUUUUACUUGGAAGGUGCAAUUGUGAU